CUGCUCCGCUCCACUCCCAGCCAAACUUCCUCCAGGGGCAAGCUGGGGGGAAGGCAGCCCAAAAAUACCCCUGCCCCCCUCCCCGAGCCGGGCUGAGAGAUGCUCUAGGGCAAAUCAGCCGCCCCCAAACCCUCGGUAGUUGUCCCCUCUCUCUUGUCCCCCUCCUGUCCCCAUCGCGCUGCCGGACGCUGGAUCCCCGACCCUCGCCCGCCUCCCCCCGCGGCCCCGGGGCUCAAGGUGUGGAUCCCUCCCUGGUGCCGGCCGGGGCUGUCACCUCCCACCAUGGGGGUUAAGGCGAUGCUCCCCAGCUACGAGCUGGGGUUUUAUGCCCUGGUGGUGACCUGUGCCGUGCUCUACAGCGGCAGCGGCAUCUUCGAGGCAUCCAGAGACAGCAUGAACAGAAAAGCCUUUCGGGACGGCAUAAAGCCAGGCUGGCACUACUUUGGCAGGAAGAUGGACGUGGCUGAUUUUGAGUGGGUGAUGUGGUUCACCUCGUUCAGGAACAUCAUCAUCUUCGCCCUCUCAGGACACGUCCUCUUCGGCAAGAUCUGCUCCAUGACCGUGCCACAGCACCGGGCUGUGAUGUACAUGAUCUAUGGGCUCCUGGCUGUGCUGGCCAGCAUGGGGCUGGUCUACCUGAUGAUCAUCCUGUCCCACUGCCUGCUCCUCUACUCGGUGGCCCUGGCCAAGCAGAAGUGGCUCUGCUACGUGGCCGGGCUCUGCUGCCUCGCCUCCUUCAAGGUGGAGCCCUUUGGCUCGUGGCAGAGUGGGUUUGUGACGGGAGCUUUUGAUCUCCAAGAUGUCCUUUUCUACGGAGGCUGCACCUUCACCAUCGUGCGCUGCAUGAGCUUCGCCCUCGAGAGCUCCGAGAAGGAGGAGGGCAUCUUCUCCAUCUUCGACCUCCUCAAGUACAACUUCUACCUCCCAUUCUUCUUCUUCGGGCCUGUCAUGACCUUUGACCAGUUCCACGCCCAGGUGAGCACCCGAGAGCUGAGGCGCAAGGACGACGAGAUGAAGAGCAUCCGUGUCAAUGCCCUGCUCCACGUGGGGGCCAUCGUGGCUGUGGACAUCUUCUUCCACUUCUUCUACAUCCUCACCCUCCCUUCUGACCUGAAGUUCGUGAACCGCCUCUCGGACUGGUCCUUGGCUGGCUUGGCCUACUCCAAUCUGGUGUAUGACUGGGUGAAAGCUGCUGUCAUGUUUGGGGUCAUCAACACCAUUGCCAGACUGGACCACCUGGAGCCACCCCAGCCCCCAAAAUGCAUCACCAUGCUCUACAUCUUUGCUGAAACGCAUUUUGACAGAGGGAUUAAUGACUGGCUGUGCAAGUACGUGUAUGACCACAUUGGAGAGAACCAUGACAACAUCCUGAAGGAGCUGGUGGCCAGCAUCACCACCUUUGCCAUCACCACACUCUGGCUGGGGCCCUGCCAGGUCGUUUACAUCUGGUCCCUUGUCAACUGCUUCGGCCUCAACUUCGAGCUCUGGGUGCAGAAGUUCUUCCAGCUGGGGCCCUUUGCCAAGCUGGAGGCCAAGCUGUCAGGGGCCAUGUCUCGGCGGAUCAGGGCAGCUUUUGGGGCUGUGAACUUCUGGGCCAUCGUCCUCUACAACAUCCUGGCCCUCAACAGCCUGGAGUUUGCUCUGCUGGUGACCAAGAGACUCCUCGUGAUGGGUUUCCCUGAGAGCACCUUGUCCAUCUGGUUCAUCACCUACUGCGGCGUGCAGCUGAUCAAGGAGCGCGAGCGCAUCCUGGCCCUCCAGGAGGAGGAGAAGGGGGACAAGCCCAAGCUGGAGUAGGGGAGGAACCACAGGCUUGCCCUGAAGCUUCAUCUCCCUUCCAGCCACUGCUGCCAGGCCAGGCUCUGGCCAGGGCUCUCCAAGCCCUCCUGACAAUCAGACUGCUGUAGCUCAUCCACGUAGAGGUCACCUGGAAGGCACAGGUCACCCCCUUGCUGCAGGGAAGAUCUUCCAUCAGGCACAGCGGGUGUUUCACGGUCUCCCCAGGCGUGGCAAGAUGCUGAGGCAGCUCCCAGGAUGUUUCUCCCAUGCCAGAGCCAUCCCCAUUGUUUUCCUGACCCUCUGACAGUGUGCAGGCCCAGAGAUUUCACCCCCGCUUCCCUCAACGCUUGUGCACCAGCACUGGGCUCCCCCUCAGCCCUUGUCUCCCAGAGGAGACUCUCCAGGCCCCCUGGCUGGAGGUUUUAGGGCCCUGCACUGCUGGAUCUGAGACUGCUGUGGCCACCACGACCACCCUGCUGUGACAUGUGUCCUGGGACUCAAGCCAAACCCCACCUCAGAUUUUUUACAUGCCAUGGACAAAGGUCUAAGCUCACAUUCCUGCCCAUGGCUGAGGGGCAGAACGUGCUGUAGCCACCCCUUGCUCACCUCCAUCCCUUUCCCCAGCUGCCUUUGGUGUGCACAGCCCAGCUGGAGGGCUGAGUGAGCACAUGGCUGAACACAUUCAAAGGAGAAAAACCCCAAGGGAAGGGCAAGGAGUGGGGCUGGGUGGUGGAGGGAAAGCCCAUGGGAGACUCCUUGGAGAAUUAGACUUUGGGAGCGUGUGAAACACAGUGCCUUGGGGGAAAGGUGGGUUUGUGACACAGAAAUAGCUCUCUUGCACUUUAGAGUAACUCUCAGUGGCCUUAAGUCUGAGUUCUGUCUGUUUGGAGGCAGGAUCCACACCCCUCUGCAGUGGGCUCGAGACCUUGGUGCAUCCCUGUGGGGGAAGCAGGAUGGGCUCCUAGCCAGCUUUCAGCUCUGCCAAAGUAAUUUGUGAAGUCCCUGGUAAAUGUCUCUUAUUUAUGUAGCCAAUAAAUGUUGGAUAAUUCUGGCA